AUGAUGAUUGUGCUUUCUAUCCAAAUGUCCCUGCUUCCUUUGCUCAUCUGUGGACUCCUGAGCAGACUGGGACAACCCGAUACCCCACCGUGCAACGGCUCUCAGGCUUGGACAUGGGGAUGUCAGUGGGACCAAGGUGAUCGGUUGGCUAAGGAUGGAGAACACCUCAUGGGAAUUAAGAGACACAGGAGGCUGUUCUGCCAAGUGGGUAUCGGCUUUCAUAUCGUGGUCCUGCCAGACGGAAAGAUUACUGGAGUUCACAGAGUAGACAGAUACAGUCUGUUGGAAAUGUCCCCUGUGGAGAGAGGUGUGGUGACGCUUUUUGGUGUGAGGAGUGGACUCUUCAUCGCCAUGAACAGCAGUGGACAUCUCUACAGCUCAGUCCACUACGGUCCAGAGUGUGAUUUCAGAGAGCAGCUCCUGGCCAACCACUACAACGCCUAUGAGUCUGCAGCCCAUCCCGGGAUGUACAUCGGCCUCAGCCGGACGGGCAGGACCAAGAGAGGCGACCGUGUGACUCCGACCAUGAGCGUUACGCACUUCCUGCCCCGGUUAUGA